AUGAGUUCUACGCUUAAUCAAUCGGCGUACACUUUGGUGUAUGACCCGAGUCCGAGCUUAGUCGGUUACACGAGGGAUGAACUGCAAAAAUCGCUGGAAAAGGGAUCUGAUGAAGAAAAGAUCAGUACGAUGAAAAGAAUACUUGUGAUGAUGCUAGACGGCAAUCCGAUGCCUGAACUCUUGAUGCACGUCAUCAGAUUUGUGAUGCCGUCUAAAAAUAAGCAAUUGAAGAAGCUGCUGUAUUUUUACUGGGAAAUUGUGCCCAAACUUGACUCCGAAGGUAAGUUGAAACAGGAAAUGAUUUUGGUGUGCAAUGCUAUCCAGCACGAUUUACAGCAUCCAAAUGAGUACAUCCGUGGUAAUACGUUGCGCUUCUUGACGAAAUUGCGCGAGGCUGACCUAUUAGAACAAAUGGUGCCUGCCGUAAGACAGUGCUUGGAGUAUCGUCACGCUUACAUCCGCAAAUACGCGAUUUUAGCAGUGUAUUCCAUCUUUAAAGUUAGCGAGCACUUGAUUCCGGACGCUCCACAAAUUAUCGACUCGUUUUUGGUCGCGGAAACCGAUCCUAUCUGCAAAAGAAACGCUUUUUUGGGAUUAGCCGAAUUGGACCGGGAAUCGGCUCUCAAUUAUUUGCAAGAAAACAUUGCGUCUAUCGAAAGUCUCGACUCUCUUUUGCAGGAUGCGUUCAUAGAUUUCAUCCGCACAGACGCGAUUCAAACACCAACUUUGAAACCUCAGUACGUUGACUUACUCCAAGACCUUCUCGCUGCUACAACGUCCCCCGAAGUGGUUUUUGAAGCGGCAUUGGCCCUUACUGUACUAUCCAGUGACCCCAAGGUUUUAUGUGAAGUAGCGUCGAAAUUGAUCGAUGUGGCCGUCAGGGAAUCUGACAAUAACGUGAAGCUCAUUGUUUUAGAAAGAAUACAAGAUAUUCACCAAAGAGCCCCAGGGCAUUUAGAAGAACUCACUUUGGAUAUUUUGCGAGUUUUGAGUGCACAAGAUCUGGACGUAAGGGCCAAAGCACUCGACAUUGCUCUAGAGUUAGUGUCUUCUAGAAAUGUCGAUGACGUCAUAAAGCUACUGAAGAAGGAGCUCCAGACUACAAUAACCAAUGCGCACAAUGAUGAAAAGGCCGUUGAAUAUAGACAGAUACUGAUCGAAAACAUGCACAAAGUGGCCAUUCGAUUUGCUGAAGUAUCCGCAGAUGUUGUUUCGCUCUUUUUAGAGUCCAUUGGCAACUUGAGUUCCAACGCUGCAAGUGGUGUAAUUUCCUUCAUCAAAGAAGUCAUUGAGAAGUAUCCUCAAUUAAGAAAGGAAAUUUUGCAACAUUUGAUUGGCGCUCUUUCCUAUGUCCACUCCGCCAAAGCUUACCGUGGAGCUUUGUGGAUAUUGGGUGAAUAUUCGUUGGAUGCUGCAGAUGUUCAAAACUCCUGGAAGCAUAUCAGGAGUAGUGUAGGAAGUCUUCCAAUUAUUCAAUCAGAGUCGAGCGAGACGGAAAAUGAUUCCGCAAAGGCAAACGCGGCUCCAGAGGCCGUGUCGUCGUCUGGCCCGGUUGUCUUGCCCGAUGGUACCUACGCCACUGAAUCUGCUUUCGCUGCAGCUCCUACGGAAUCUGCAACCAAUGAGGAAAAGGAAUCGAAGCCACCACUUCGUCGAUUCACUUUGAGCGGCGACUUUUACACUGCUUCGGUUCUGGCUACUACAAUUCUAAAGUGCGUUUUGAGAUUCGAAAAAUCAUCGAAAGACGCUUCCGUUCUCAACGCUUUGAAAGCUGAGGCAAUGCUCAUUCUUGUCAGCAUUCUAAGAGCUGGGCAGAGCAACGUAGUAGAGAAGAAAAUUGACGAGGACUCUGCAGAAAGAAUAUUGGUCGCGUUGUCUAUACUGAUGGACCAAGCAAGCUUCGAAGACGUCGAGAGCAGGAAACUUUUGGAAUUAGCUUACUUGGAGGCUACGAAGAACUCUUUCGAGCUCAAAGUUGCUAGUGAAGAACGCGAAUUUGCGAAGAAGCAUGCUUCAGCUUUGGCCCGCACAGCCGAUCCAAUUGACAAAGCAAUUUCUUUCCGCCAAUUUGCCGCUAACGAUAUUCAUUGUACGCCCAUCGAUACAAUCAACGAGGAUCUCGAAAAGGCCAUUAGCGGUGAUGCUUUGCGUGUGAAUGCGUCCAAUUCUGUACUUUCGAAAUUACGGAAGGUUGUCCCACUUACUGGUUUCUCGGAUCCCGUGUAUGCUGAGGCCUACAUCACGAACCAUCAAUUUGAUGUCGUGAUUGAUGUAUUGUUGGUAAAUCAGACUAAGGAAACUCUGAAAAACCUGCACGUCCAAUUCGCAACUUUGGGAGAUCUCAAAAUCAUCGAAAAUCCACCAAGCACAAAUGUGGUUGCUCACGGGUUUCAUAGACUCACCAUCACCGUGAAAGUUUCUUCUGCAGAUACUGGUGUCAUUUUCGGAAAUAUUGUUUACGAUGGUGCGCAUGGAGAGGAUGCUCGUUACGUGAUAAUGAAUGACAUACAUGUUGAUAUCAUGGAUUAUAUCAAGCCAGCGAAAACAGAUGAUGCCAAUUUCCGUAAAAUGUGGAAUGCCUUUGAAUGGGAAAACAAGAUCACUGUUAAAUCUAAGCUGCCUACGCUGCAUACAUACCUAGAGGAGCUUGUCAAAGGUACUCGUAUGGGUGUUUUGACGUCAGACGAAGCGUUGGGCGAAAAGGAUUGCAGAUUUUUGAGUUGCAAUCUGUACUCGAAAUCCACGUUUGGAGAAGAUGCACUUGCCAAUUUGUGUAUUGAGAAGGAUCCUGUAUCGGAAGAAGUUGUGGGUCACGUCCGUAUUCGGUCGAAGGGUCAAGGGCUAGCGCUUUCUAUGGGUGACAGAGUUGCCUUGAUAGCAAGACAGAUGAACAAAGUCAAAUUAGACCGCGUUUAA